UGUGUUUAUGUAUGGAUGUAUUGUACUUAUAGUAUUUGUAUACAUUGUAAAACAAAAUAACAUUUUCUUAUUUUUAUGAAAUAAGAAAAAACUUUAUUUCAUUCCGUGUUACAAAAGGUGAGAUGUAAUUGUAAACAUAAAAAGGGAAAGAGGACAGCCAAAACAACUGAAUAAAACACUUAACCUAAUCUUUAACGUAGUCUUUUUAAAUAUUUUAUCGUGUUAUCGUAUUUUCAAUUGAAAAACUAUGACAACAAGUACAGCUAAAUCGUCUAUAAUUAUUUUAACACAUGCGCUAAAUUUCGUCUGUUGAAGUGAAUCAAUAAUUUAAAUAGUGAUGGAAAAGGACAAACACAUCUUUGAAGGAAAGCAAAAACCAUUUACAAGUAAGAAUUCAUCAUAUAAAAAACAACUUGAUAAUGAACAUAUAAACAAUUUAUUCAACAAACGUUUCACAAUUGCAUGCAAUGAACUUUACGUGUUGCCUGAACCAAAAGCACUGUUUAAAGAGUGUUUAUGGAACGUCGAUAAAUUACAAACAUUAAAGUAUGAAUUAAACGUGGUGAAGAAUUAUUUAAACAAUUAUAAUCUUAGCAAAUGGCAGUUACAUACAAAACAAAGAAACAGUGCAAAAGAUGUUAUGAUAUACCUGAAGAGAGAUAUUCAACCAGAAUUCUUAACUCAAGCAUGGUGCAAAUUCUAUGAAAUAGUAUCGUCCUUUCCCCUAAUACCAAUUGAUCGUAUUAACAACAGUAAUAAAUGCUUCAAGUCUAUUCAUUUAUGUGAAGCACCAGGAGCCUUUGUUACAUCUUUAAAUCAUUGGUUAAAAACAAAUGUACCUAGCAUUCAAUGGGAUUGGAUUGCUACAACCUUAAAUCCAUAUUAUGAGGGUAAUCCAUCAUCUAUGAUGAUCGAUGAUGACAGAUUUAUAAGACAUACAUUAACUCAUUGGUGUUUUGGAGAAGAUAAUACUGGAAAUCUUAUGAACUUAAAAAAUUUGGACAAACUUGUAAAAGUAUCAGAACCAUGUAGCGACAUAUUUUUAAUCACUGCUGAUGGCAGUAUUGACUGUUUGGAUGUACCAGCAGAACAAGAAAAUGUUGUAGCACACUUACAUUUUUGUGAAACUAUAACUGCUUUACAUCUUUUAAACACUGGAGGCAGUUUUCUAUUAAAGAUGUUUACCACUUUCGAAUGCCAUUCGGUAUGCCUGAUUUAUCUAUUGUCUUGUUGUUUUGGUAAUGUUAACAUAGUUAAACCAGUGACUAGUAAAGAAGGAAAUUCAGAAACUUAUGUCGUGUGCACAGAUUUCAAGGGACCAACAUUUGUGUCACCGUACUUAGAAACACUUAGGGAACAUUAUGAAUGCUGCUCCGAGCAGGCAAUGUUCAGUAAGGAUGAUAUUCCAUGUGCAUUUAUAGAAAAAAUUGUGGAGUGUAGUGAAUUUUUUAAGUCUCUACAAUGUUCAGUCAUAAUGAAUAACAUCUCUACAUUUCAAUUAUGUAAUCAUAAAAUGUUACAUGAUAUAAAACAAAUUCAACAUAUGGUUGCUUCUAAAUAUAUAAGAGAUUAUAAUGUUCAAAAAUUAAUCUCGGGAGAAAUAAUAGGAAACACGAUAUUGAAAACAAGUAGCAGCAUUAAUGUGCGUAAAAGAGCACUACAGGGAUCCUUCAGUGAACGUUGCGAGCAACAACAUUUAACACCGUGGAAUCAAUUGAAAAAGUUAUUUACUGACUCUAAAGAAAUAGAAAUUCAUACAUCACUUGAUGAAGAUGCAAAAUUCAAGAUAUGUCACUAUCCAGAAGAUUUACAUAUAUCUUUUGGAAAAAUAUUUUCUAAAGUAUAUAGUUCAAGAUUCUGCUGUGAGAGUGUCUUAAACAUACAAAAGGGUGUCAAUGACAUUCUUGCUAACAUGGGAUGCAAAAUACAAUAUCCAUCCACUGAAAGUAUAAACGAAUUAAAAAAAACAAUUCUUAUUAAAUCGAAAUAUAAAAGUUUAUUUUUUCAAUAUACAGAUAUUUAUGACAGUCAUGAAAUAAUUAGAAAAAUUAAUAACACGCUGCAAAAUCUUAGUAGUGGAGAUCACUUAAUUUUAAUUGGUUAUUCGUUAUUGACCCAUCUCAGUGUUGGGCUUUUUCACCUCAUAAGUUGUUCUUUUAAAUCAGUCAAAUUAAAAUUUUGUAAUAACUUGGGAUUAAAGAUUACUUUAAAGCAUUAUAAUUACAACCCGAAAAUAUUGAAAAACUUAAUCGAUAUUGAAACCAUUUCUUGUAAUGCUCAAGAAAAAGGAAAUUCUAUUUUAGAAAUAAUUCCUGUAUCAUUCUUAUAUGAAUGUGAUUUAUUCUUCACAAUAGUGGAUGCUAACCACUGGGUUAUCAAAUCAUUUGUUCGUUAUGUUUUCAAUGAAUUAGAAGGAAAUAUCCAACACAAAGAAUAACACAGCAUAUAUCUGUAUUGUAUGAAUAGCCAAAGUUAUACCAAUACUUUUUGUAUAUCACAAUAAGUAAUGUAUUUGUAAAUGCUAUACUUUUUUCUUGUACAUUUAUAUAAUGUCUAAUAAAGUUAAUGAAGAUA